GAGACUAUAAUUGAGUCUUUAUGGAGCUCCGUGCCACACACAACCCCCUCUCGGCUUUUCUCACGUGCUCUGAAUCAUACAUCACCAAAAAAAGCAUCUCUUCUUUUUUUUUUUGGAGUCAAGAUUACGAAAUUGAAAGUGCAUUAUAAAGUCUAUUAGAGAGUUUUUAAAAAAUCCGAGCAAGAAAAGGAAAGUGUUCAAAGCCUAUAUGUUUCUGAAAGGCUCCUCCUCAAAUUCAUACUCAAGGUCACAAUGGGUAUUAUAUCGGACAAUGCUCAAUCUCACUCGUCUUCCUCUGCCCCUGCUCCUUCCAUCUUCUCCAGCUCCUUUGCCACUCGCAUAUUCUCAGAUGUUGCGGGAGACAUCACAAUUGUUGUUGAUGGAGAGUCCUUUUUACUCCACAAGUUUCCUUUAGUGGCUCGGUGUGGAAAGAUUAGGAAAAUGGUGGCAGAGAUGAAAGAAUCAUCUUCAAAUCUCUCGCAUACAGAGCUCCGAGACUUUCCAGGUGGGUCUAAGACGUUUGAACUCGCCAUGAAGUUCUGCUACGGCAUCAACUUCGAGAUCACUAUCUCCAACGUGGUUGCUAUCCGUUGCGCAGCUGGUUAUCUUGAGAUGACAGAGGACUUCAAAGAAGAGAAUUUGAUUGCGCGGACCGAGACUUACCUCGAGCAAGUCGCGUUUCGCAGUCUUGAGAAGUCUGUGGAAGUCCUCUGUUCCUGUGAGACGCUUUAUCCUCAAGACAUUGCUGAAACUGCUCACAUUCCUGAUAGAUGUGUGGAGGCUAUCGCUGUGAAUGCUUGCAGAGAACAGUUAGUGUUAGGGCUGUCACGGCUGAACCGAGGCACCGAGUCAGGGGAACUCAAGCGAGGAGAUAGUCCUGAGUGGUGGAUUGAAGACCUCUCUGCUCUGAGGAUUGACUAUUACGCACGAGUUGUCUCUGCGAUGGCUAGAACAGGCUUGCGGUCAGAGAGUAUCAUAACGUCUUUGAUGCAUUACGCUCAAGAAUCGUUGAAAGGUAUUCGAAACUGCAAGGAGCGAACCAAGCUCGAUUCGGGUACUUUUGAGAAUGAACAGAGGAACGUCCUUGAAGCCAUUGUUAGUCUUUUCCCAAAUGACAAUGUCCCUCUGAGUUUCCUCUUUGGAAUGUUGAGGGUCGGGAUUACCAUAAACGUAGCCAUCUCUUGCAGGCUCGAGCUCGAGCGGAGAAUCGCUCAGCAGCUGGAAACAGUCUCCCUCGAUGAUCUACUCAUACCUGUUGUCCGAGACGGAGAUUCCAUGUACGAUGUAGACACUGUCCAUAGAAUACUCGUCUGCUUUCUGAAGAAAAUAGAGGAGGAAGAAGAAUAUGAUGAAGAUUGCUGUUACGAGAACGAGACCGAGAAUCUUACUGGUUCUAUGUGCCACAGUUCAUUGCUGAAAGUGGGUCGGAUCAUGGAUGCAUACUUGGCAGAGAUUGCACCAGACCCGUGUCUGAGUCUUCACAAGUUCAUGGCUUUGAUAGAGAUAUUGCCUGAUUACGCACGUGUCAUGGAUGAUGGGCUAUACAGAGCCAUUGAUAUGUUUCUAAAGGGGCAUCCGUCGCUGAACGAACAAGAAUGUAAGAGUCUCUGCAAAUUCAUAGACACUCAGAAACUUUCACAAGAAGCAUGCAACCAUGUGGCUCAGAACGAUCGGCUGCCGAUGCAGAUGGUGGUCCGAGUCCUCUACUCAGAACAGCUGCGUAUGAAGAAUGUAAUGUCCGGAGAGUCAGGGGAAGGGCUAUUGCUGUCUUCUCAGAAACAUAGUAGCGAGAACCCGAGCCGAGCUGUGUCUCCGAGAGACACUUAUGCCUCACUGAGGAGGGAGAAUAGAGAGCUGAAGCUGGAGAUUUCAAGGGUGAGAGUGAGGCUGACUGAGUUGGAGAAGGAGCAGAUUUUGAUGAAACAGGGGAUGAUGGAGAAGUCAGGUCAUGGUGGAACAUUGCUGACCUCACUUUCCAAAGGGAUUGGGAGGAUUUCGAUAUUUGGUGGAGGACCUACAGAAGGGAAGCUGCGGAAUGCUAACCGCAAAUCCAAGUCAAGGUUGGAGAGAAAAACCGUUAGGAGCCGACCAGAGUCUAUGUUUUAGGUAGCUUAGAACAUGUAAAUAUCAUAUGCAUUCUCAACAAAAUGGGGUGGUUCUUGAGUAUUCUAUAUCUUAUGAAAAAUCUUGCAAGUAUUGCAUUGCGAUUACUCAAAAAUAUUUUAGAGGAAAUUGAGUUAAAAAGGGCAUAACUCAAUAGCUUCUCUGCAGUUUUUAUGUAUCAUUUUUUUCAGCAAUUAUUCUCUCUUGACAAUAUUGUAAAUUUGAAAAGGAUGCGACAAACAAA